ACGUGAUCAUUUAUCUGCAUAUUUUUCUCCGCCGAACAGAAUUCAAAUGAUAUAAAAAAGGAAAAACACGCAUUACUCAUUUAAAUUCAUAUUAAUUGGUAGAAUAAUUGUGCGAUAAAAAGCCACCAAUUUACAACGCUGGUCGUUCGCGAUACAAUAUUCAGAAUAUUCUUCAUCAAAUAUCCGCGGACUCGGCAUUUCAUUUUCUGCUUGUGGGAAUUUUUCGAGGUGUUGCUUCCUGUGUGAUUGAAUAGUUUAGAUCGCCAGAAUCGAGUCGUUAAAGUAAUUUAAUUUUAAUGCUAUCUAUGAAGCGCGAUGCGGGCCAUAUACGACGACGUAAUCCUUAUCAAACGAGCCGGUGAUGCAUUUCGUUUAAUAGCAACUAUUUACUUACUGCUGCUGCUGCUGUAUUCGAAAAAAAGUAAAGGUUUUUCAGGUAAAUCGCAAGCAUUGUUUGCGAUCGUGUACACUGCUCGAUACUUUGGAAAAUACGUGGGCGAUGUUCUUGUGCUGAAUGGGUUUGAAAUUUUAUUGCGAGUUACUCUGCUAUGGUCAUCGUACGUUAUAGUUUACUUGAUUUAUUAUAAAUUUGAACAUCAUUCCAGUCGCGAGCAAGAUAAGUUCAGGAUCGGAUAUUUAAUUGUUCCAUCCGGAUUGCUGGCCAUUUUAUAUAAUCCUGGAUUUUCCAGCAAUGUGAUUGAUUACGACGAAUUACGCAUGUAUGGGAUUCCUUUUGUCGAGCUUGGAUGGGCAUUCAGCUAUUAUUUGGAAGCCGUCGCAAUCUGGCCCCAGUUACUAGUGCAAUAUAUUCGUAAGAAUCGAGAAAAACAAGACUACGCGGAUUUUUAUUUGAUACUUAUGGGGAUUUCACGAUUAAUGUACUCGAUUUACUCGAUUUAUGAAAGAGAACGCGAUGUGAUCAGCGAUGUAAGCGGAAUAGUUCAAUUGUAUGCUUAUCUGGCAUAUUUUUUAUUACAAGUUGCAUUCAAUCGGAAAUCAGAUCAAAGUAAAACUGAAGACGUCAUAGCAAAAAGGACAUAUGUGUGAAAGUUGUAUUUUGAGAAAAAACUGUUUGAAAGUUUGAGUGCUUGUGAAGUUUAGAAAUGUGCAUAUUUGAACAUGGUGACGAUUUUGUCUUAUUUUCCCACUAUCUAACUAUACGAGUAUGAAAUGCUAUGCACCAUCAGUCUGGAGGAAACUGUGUGUUAGCGGUAAGCGCUCAAACAUUUCGAAUUAUAUGCCCUUUUUGAAGCGAAAAAUUGGCCAAUUUUUUUUUUGAUUUAAAAAUGUUUUUGAGCAAAUUUUUGGAUUUAAACCAGGUAAAUAAUGGUUGAUAACACAAAAUCGACAAUGAGUAACCCAUUAUCUCUGAAAAAAGAUCGCUAUGUUGAGUAAAAAAAAAGACGAGUUUUUUUGGCUAAUUUUUUAAAAUUGAUUUAAAAAUGUUUUUGAGCAAAUUUUUGGAUUUAAACCAGGUAAAUAGUGGUUGACAACACAAAAUCGACCGUGAGUAACCCAUUAUCUCUGAAAAAGUAAAUUUUUAAUCGACUUCGCAGUUUUAAAAUGGCGAUAUCUCACUGGUUUUUCGACUUUGUGAAGUGGGGGUGGUCUCAUAUGAUAGAGGAAGGUCUGAAGAAUUACAAUAUGGAUUCGUCUCAAAAAGGACAUAUGUGUCAUAUAUACCCCUUUUUGUUAUGACGUCUUCAAUGAGUUGAUAAAAAGGUCAUAAUUUAUUAUUUUUAAUUUCAUUUCAUUUUUAAUACUUUACCAACAGUCACUUAGAUGUUCCUAAAAUUUGUGAUAUUUUUUCUUUAAGCAAACGUUGUAAAAAGCUCGAUUAGAAUUCCGAAAUAAAAAAAAAAGUUGAGGAAUAUAUUUUUAGUCAGUUUGCAAUUAAUUUUUACUCAAAUAAAAGGACAAUAAUAAAUAAUUUUCUCCACACACAUUAUUUAGCUAAUGAUAAAAGAGUAUUUAAAUUGGAAUGUAAUUUUUU